UUCAUUCUGCUCAGACGAAAUGGCUGAAACAUCGGAGAAGAAAAAGAMUCGACGUCUGCCACAAACAGUCACCUUAUACCUCGUGCUUUACAAUGCUUUACAAACCCUUGGGUGGACAUUAAUACUUGUUCUUAGUGUAUGGCAUCUGAUCAAGAAUAGAAGUCAUACAGGACUGUAUGCAGCUAUCAAAAUACCACUGUCUAUAUUCCAGACAGCUGCAAUACUUGAGGUUGUCCACUGUGCUGUGGGUUAUGUGCSUUCUUCUGUCUUCCUCACUGGGUUCCAGGUUGCAUCCAGACUCUUCCUUACCUGGGCUGUGGUGUUCACUAUCCCACAGGUACAAGACUGCAUGGGAGUGGCAGCAUUUGUUAUGGCUUGGUCCAUCACUGAGGUCAUAAGAUAUUUGUUCUACGUCUGCUCUCUGGUCAGCGUUUUGCCAUAUGCCUUACAGUGGUGCAGAUACACAUUCUUUUUUGUCCUUUAUCCAAUUGGUGUUUCGGGUGAGCUGUUCACUAUCUACACUGCUCUUCCUCAUGUCCACAAGUCAGGCAUCUACUCCAUACCCUUGCCCAAUCCAGCAAAUCUUGCAUUCAGCUACUACACUUUCUUGAUCCUGGUGAUGCUUUCCUAUAUACCUAUUUUUCCACAGUUAUAUUGUCACAUGAUUGCUCAGAGGAAAAAGGUGCUUUCCACUCCAGCAAAGAAACAAGAUUAAAUGAUUAAAAAAAAAACGCCAGACCAGUUUUGCAGACUUGGCAUUUGUGAUUUCGUUAACUCAGACGUCAUGAAUUGCUGACUUAUAAUUGCGAGUUAGUUAUAAUACAAAGGAAACGAUCGGGAAGUUAAAAUAAGUAAAGUUUAAUUGGUAAAGUGAGAAUCCAUAUUCAAACUGACUGCUUAGUUGAAAUAAGAUAGAUAUGUGCAAAUGGAUAAGAAUGAUCCUGAAACUGAGAGUCCAUCUUAUGGUGAAUUUUCACGGUAAUUGUGAACAAUGUUAUGUGAAAAACCGUUCAGUGUUCUUAGAGAAAAUUAAUAARGGAUAAAUAUUUUUAAUAAAAAUGCGUUAAGCUAA